AUGAUACCUAGGAGCGGGAAAGGGAUUAGGGAAAUUUGUAGGCAAGAUCACCGUAUACAACCACUCAGAGAUGGGCGAGUGUCGACUACGUUCUCUUUUGCGACUGUUCUAGAGGGUGCAUACGCGAUCACUGAGCUGCACCCGACUCUCGGCGCUGGAAAAUGGAAUUAUGACAACUGGGCGCAUCCUCAUGAAGCUGGGACGAACAUUGUCACCCUGUUUACCCCUACUUUUUCCCCACAUGAACUUCGGCACGCCUCACUUCCUUCAGAGAAUGUUUACACAGUGAAUAUAAAGCCCUUAUUGAAGCUACUUCCGUGCAAGAGCCAUGCAGGGCUUGCUGCACUUCUCAAUCCUCAGAAGGAAGACACUGGUGUGGACUUAAAACUGACCUUACAAGCAGUAUUCAAUCCAGUGCGAACCAGCGCAGGGAAGCGGCGAGGUGAGCCAAAUCUUCAACCACUGUUUGAUCGCUCCAUUGAACGAUCAUGCCCGGUAGCGAGCUCCACCAUUUAUGACUUAUCCUCAUCCAACUUUGCCAUGUACUGGGCGAGUGAGCGUUGCUUCCAGUAUCGCAAGGCCCUUUCCACCCUACUGCCACCAUCAACACCGCUCAUCCCGCUCAGCGUGAAACGAACAAUUCAUGGUGCAACGCAAACACGAGGCGUUCUACCUGUGUCUGCGACCAAUGCUUCUCCUCAGAAGAUAUCGGCAGGUUAUCUGGAGAUGAUGCCUGCAUUCGUCACGUUGACUAAAAAAUAUCAUCCACCUUCGCCGCAAUCUAAUGACCGCCUCUCUCCCUCGAUGUUGCAAGCUGUCCUCACAAUUCCACUCAAGACAACGCUCAAAUGGAGAGGCUGGGAUCUACCAGGGAUGUUUUUCCCCCUCCCUCAAGCGUCUCACGAAACCUCUUCGAGUUAUGAUUGGGAGAGGAUUUAUACCCCGAUGCUCUUUGUCGACCUCCCCACCCCAGAUCUCAGCAUGCCCUAUAACGUCAUUGUCCCCAGUUGUACGCUCAUGAGAUUGAUUUUCGGGAGCAUCUUCAAUUUACUGACACGCAAGUGGGUCGUGGUAAAGACUCAAGGAUAG